AUGGUCCCAACAUGCCCCUCGUCUGGCCAUCGAAUCUCAAGACAAAGACAGCUCAGAGGGGAGUGGUCCACUGGCGAUUUGUCCGUCCCUGGCCGCUGGCCGCUGAGGCUAUUUCCGCCCCCGCCUCGAGACGGAGUCGCUAGAGCCACCGAGGCCGCCCAGGUCCGCCCGCCCCCAGUGGCCCGGAGCGGAGGCGACGAGUACUGUAAUGUUACAGUAUACCUCCAGCCUCCUGGCGUGUUGCGGCACCGGCCAACAAAUAGGAAGGCCCCUGCUCCCGCAGCCUCUGCUGUACGCUACCCGCAGUCCCGCACCCAGCGAGCACUGGCCACUAGCAACCUAGGAGCGAUGCAGCCGCUUUUGGCCCGCACCCUGAACGUUGUUAAACGGCAUCGACAGGCCAGGUUCUACUUCUUGGGGAGCAGAGGACCCGUAAUAACCUACCUCAAGGCCCCCGCCCCGUCCACCGUCAAUCCAAGACCAAGACAUCAUAUCCUUCCAUGUUGGUGCGGUUUUUGCGAAUCCUCAAUUCUGUUCCACCUGAGCGAACUGGGAUACCGAUUCCCGAGAGACUGA